UAUCUAGAUGCUAAUUUGAAGCUCACCACAUAUGGUAGAAAUUCUUAUUACAAAAAGGAAGUUUGAAGCCCAUUUCAUUGUUAACUUGUCAUGUCUUGCUUUUUCUGCCAAAACUAAGACAAACCCAGAAAAGUUUUUCUUCUUCUUCUAUAUGAUGAUGAGGAAGAACUGAAGGUUCUCAUAAGUUGCGUCUCGUAGAACUGAAAGUUUUGAUAAGUUGCAGCUGGUUUUAGUAAGUUUUGGGAGAAGAGAAAGGGAGGGAUUUGAAGAUGGCAGGAGGGCAUAUUGGACCAACUGGUGUGGCAAAGGAGAGAGCUGAACAAUAUCAAGGAAGGGUUACAUGUUAUGUGGUUAUUGCUUGCCUUGUGGCUGCAGUUGGUGGGGCAAUUUUUGGUUAUGAUAUUGGAAUUUCAGGAGGAGUGACAUCUAUGGAUCCAUUUCUUAAGAAAUUCUUUCCCCAUGUUUACAAGAAAAAGGGUCUUGCACAUGAAAAUAACUAUUGCAAGUUUGAUGAUCAAGGCCUUGCAGCAUUUACAUCUUCUCUAUACCUUGCUGGUUUGGUUGCAUCCCUUAUAGCUUCACCAAUUACAAGGAAUUAUGGCCGCCGUGCAAGUAUAAUUUGCGGCGGUGUCAGCUUUCUUACUGGCUCAGCUCUAAAUGCUGCAUCUGUCAACCUGGCAAUGCUCCUCUUGGGUCGAAUCAUGCUUGGUGUUGGCAUUGGUUUCGGAAAUCAGGCCGUUCCUCUAUAUUUAUCAGAGAUGGCUCCAACCCAUAUUCGAGGAGCCUUGAACAUGAUGUUUCAGUUAGCAACAACCCUGGGAAUUUUUACAGCAAACAUGAUCAAUUAUGGAACACACAGGCUUGAAUGGGGAUGGAGGCUCUCACUUGGCCUAGCUGCAUUGCCAGCUUCAUUGAUGACUUUGGGAGGGCUAUUUCUUCCUGAAACACCCAACAGUCUAAUCGAAAGGGGACUUGUAGAGGAAGGGAGAAAAGUCCUGGAGAAAAUCAGAGGAACCACACAUGUUGAUGCUGAGUUUCAAGACAUGAUAGAUGCAAGCGAAUUAGCUAACUCAAUAAAGCAUCCUUUCAGAAACAUCCUUGAGAAAAGGAACAGGCCUCAACUAGUUAUGGCCAUCUUCAUGCCCAUGUUUCAGAUCCUAACCGGCAUAAAUUCAAUUCUCUUCUAUGCUCCAGUGUUGUUUCAGUCCAUGGGGUUCCAGCGAAAUGCUUCUCUCUACUCCUCAGCUUUGACCGGAGCAGUUUUAGCAUCAUCCACUGUUCUUUCUAUACUAGCUGUAGAUAGAUUAGGCCGAAGAGUUUUACUUAUCAGUGGUGGAUUACAAAUGAUUACAUACCAGGUGGUAGUUUCGACAAUCUUGGGGCUGAAACUUGGCAACAAUCAAGUGCUAUCAAGAGGCUUUUCAGUGCUGGUGGUGAUAGUGAUAUGCCUGUUUGUAUUGGCUUUCGGAUGGUCAUGGGGGCCUCUAGGAUGGACAGUGCCCAGUGAAAUAUUCCCAUUAGAAACACGAUCAGCUGGGCAAGGCAUCACCGUUGCUGUGAACCUCUUCUUCACAUUUGCCAUAGCGCAGAGCUUCCUUUCUCUCCUCUGCGGACUGAAAUUCGGGAUCUUCCUCUUCUUUGCUGUAUGGAUUGCCAUCAUGACAACAUUUGUCUACUUCUUCCUGCCUGAAACCAAGGGGGUUCCCAUUGAAGAGAUGAUAUUCCUAUGGAGAAAGCACUGGUUCUGGAAGAAGAUCAUGCCGGAUAUCCAAUUCAAGCAAUUCGAUUCAGUGGAUCAAGUUACAUGAGAAUGUAAAUAGCAGAAGCAAGUUCAGCUGGCUCCCCAGAAAAAAAAGAUGCAACAGAGAGAUAUGCCCAAGUAAAUUAUUUACGAAUAUAGAAUCCUUGAAGCUUAAUGUACCCAAAACUUUAUUGGCAAUAAACUUGGCCAGAUUUGUUUGUGGCUUUUGCUCUCA